UGGCCGCUUCCGCGCUUUUCUUUUUCCCGCGUAUGGAUGCUUCGUGGUACGUGCGCUGUGCUGAAAGAAUAUUCGCUAAAGUGAACACCCAUUGCCAAGAAGGGAGCCACAGCCAACAUGGUACGCAGCCGUAAAUCUACCAAACAGGUCAACAUCGGGCCACUCCUCGUGCGAACGGCGAACGCAUCGGCUGACCCAUUGCAGGCGGCAAUCACCGAGCCAGCUGUCUACGUACGGGAUGGCCUCAGGGUACGAGUGAGCUGCGUCCGUGCCACGGCCGCUCCCAACGACCUUCGGGAGUGGGCCUUUGACCUGGUGUCGCAGAACAUGCGUGAACUCUACGAGUCCAGUCAGUGGGGCUGGAGCGAGAACGCCAAGCGCAAAGAGCUGGGCCACAGGGACGCCUGGUACCUGGUGGCACGCCUGGAAGAAGACGACUCGCCCGUUGGAUUCAUCCACUUUCGUUUUGACAUGGAUGGUGGCAUGUCAGUGCUCUACUGCUACGAGCUGCAACUGGAGUCGCGGGUUCAGCGUCGAGGCCUGGGCUCACACCUGAUGCGCCUCCUCGACCAGUUGGCGGCCCACUUCCGCAUGUGCAAGACCGUCCUCACCGUCUUCAAGAGCAACACGGGUGCCCUGGCCUUCUACCAGAAGGCACUCGGCUAUCGUACCGACGAGACAAGUCCGUCGGGAGACGCAGCCGACUAUGUCAUCCUGAGUCGUCGCACUGGGGUCCCUGCCAAGCGCUGACACAUGUCGCUUGCCUGUCUCAAUCAUCCCUGUACUCCCUGUGUAGGCCUUCAGUGUUCAGGCUUGGACAGGAAAGCCCUCGACCACUGCAUUGAGACAACUGAAACAUCCCACUUGGUUGUCACGAUAUCUGUAUUCUCAAGGUGAAGCAAAUGGUGAUUCGAGUUUGUGGGUGGCUUAUCACUCAGGUCCCAUAGAACUGCACACAAGUAUACGCCAAACCAUUCUUCGGAUAUUUGGCAAGAGAUGCCCGGCUACUGCAAAUGCCUCGCAGCAACCAACUUGUUAGAUCCAUGAAUCGAAACACACCCAUUGUGUAGUUUGCUUUUUGUUUAGCUCAGAAUGUGUGUGGCAUCCUGGUUCGUUUGUGCUCUCACCGAUGCUUUUGAAACGUGAGGGUGCGGUUGGUUCAUAUGUGUUGUCGUCUGCUUUCAUGUGAUUGCUGGCUGUGAAGUGAUCCAACUUGCGUUGUGUGACAAAUAUUUCUGCGAUCAUCCAUCGUGGGAAUCCAACUUAUGACCACGACAGCAUUUCCCCCCAUCUGGUCGCCUUAAAUCACAUCCUCAUUUACAUUCCUGUCAUUGCCACUGUACAUGAUCUCAUCAUCAUGACCAUUUGUUGUUGCUAUGCCUUGAGGUGUCUAGUUUUGGAGUCAAAGCAAGCAAAGACUCCAACAUUCUGUAUAGGGCUCCAUUUCUUACCGAGUGAGAAACUGCAGCAUUUCGUUUCUGCAAGUCUGUUGAAAAAAGCAUAGUCUUCUGGUGAAUGAAUUUGUUUUGUCAUUGGAAACUGCGCUCUUCCUUAAACAAUUUGUUGUGGCCAUCAUUGUUUGAGACACUUCAGUACAGGUCUAGCAAAGCUGUUGGUGCCCUAGAAGAGCUGCUGGAAAGCCCGUGCCUUUCAGCAACUCCAUUUCUUUAACAUCAGUUAAAAAGUGCUAGCACUGAUUAGCUGAACAAUAGUAUUUGGUUACACAAAUAAGCACAAGUGCAAUUAGAUAGAUAGAUAGAUAGAUACUGUUUAUUUCAUAUUGUAGCAUUAGCAUCUCGCUGAAAUGGAGACUGCAUUGCACUGGCAUAAAAAUUGCAACAUGUGGAAUGACCUGUUCCAGUUUGCUAUUUGAGAGCAAGAGUUUCAGACCACACACACUCAUUUGUUUCAGCUGUAGUGACUAUGCACGAGAAAUGCACCACUCGUCAAUUUCAUGAUGGGAGUUAAUUGCCAUGUUUGGCUCUCUUUUUAGUUGCUUUUCCAUUUUCCAGCAUUUUAUGCUACAGCUACAACUAUUAUGUAAAUACAUUGUCUUCCACAAAGACAGCACAGUGCUUUUUUCGUUCAUUGUCAAUAAAAAGACAUCUUUCCAAAAAUGGGACACUGCACUUGUAAGCAACAACUGUUAUCUGUGUACCAUUCAUGUACAGCUUUGAAUGAAGUACCUUUCAUAUAAUAUGCAUGUGUUUUGCCUGCUUUUGUUACUACUGUUGUCAUGAGAAGUGUUGUAGGCGUUAACUGA